ACGACCUAAAAGAAGAGAGGCAGGGAGAGAGUGAGAGAGCAGGGAAGCAGACACCACCAGUGGACCACACAAGCCCGAGGAUACGAGUGGACUCUGUAUUUCCUUCUUGCCUUUUAUUAUUUUUGAUUCUAGGAUUACUUGCUGUGUUUACUAACUGGUUAAACAUUCUGGAAACAUCAGAGCGGCAGGUAGGAUGAGAUCCAAAAGCAGUGGGGUGGACAACCCAGCCAAUGGGGUACUUGGAGUUCCACAGGGUGACCAAGAACAGGAAGUGAGCCUGCCUGUGAAGACCCUGAAGGCCAAAGUCCAGCAGAAAGAUGGUGAGGAAACAGUGGAGGUCGAGGUGAUCUCUGACAAAGACAAACCGUUGGAUUCCUCCAAGGCUGGAGAUAAAAGACAGAACAUCCUGGAUCUGUCUAAAGAGGAUUUGCUGACACUGUUGGGAAUCAUGGAAGGAGAGAUUCAGGCCAGAGAGGAUGUUAUCUGCAUGCUGAAGUCCAAACACAGUUCCCCAGAAGCCCUUGAGUCACAGUAUGGCUCUGCGGUCCCUGGCUCGGCCCUCCAGGCCCUUCAGAGAGACGGCGUCAUCACAGGCACCAAACCACACAACCACAGUGUCUACCAGAAACCGAUGACUGAGGAGGUUGUUGCUACAAAACACUCGGCAUGUUGCACCACAGCAACUGGAAUUUUUGUUUCUGUGUGUGCGUGUUCGUCUUUGCCGUCUCAGCUCGAGCGUCUGCAGGAGAAGCACAAGGAGACGUACCGGCGGAUGCUGGGUCAGCUGCUAUUCGCAGAAAAGUGCCACCGGCGAACGAUCCACGAGCUGGACACAGAGAAGAGGAAGCACGCCGACUACAUGAACAAGAGCGACGACUUCACCAACCUCCUGGAGCAGGAGAGAGAAAGACUGAAGAAGUUGCUUGAGAACGAGAAAGCCUACCAGCUCAGGAAGGAGAACGAACACGCCAAACGUCUGACCAAGGUGCGAGAGGAGCUGGUCAAGCUGAAGUCUUUCACCCUGAUGUUGGUCAAUGAGCGGCAGCAGCACCUGGAACAAAUAGACCAGCAGAGCCAGCGGGUCCAGGAGCUCAGCCAGCAGCUGCAGCAGCGUGAGCAGGCUCUAAGUGAAGCCAGGCAGCGUGCUCAGGAAGAUGGACACAGGGUGCUGAGCCUCGAGGCCGAGCUUAAAGAGAAAGCCGACAAGCUCAAGCAACAACACGAAGAGAUGAGUGCCAAGCUAGCCGGUCAGGAGCUUCUCAACCGUCAACUAAAUACAAAACUUUCAGGCCUCACAAAUGAGGUUGCGGAGCUACAGGAAAGCAACAGAGCACUGAGGAGAUCUGAGGAGGAACUGCAUGAGCUAAGGGAGAAGAUCAGCAGGGGGGAGUGUGACAACUCAAACCUGAUUGCUGAAUUAGAGAACUUGAGAAAACGAGUGCUGGAGAUGGAAGGAAAGGAUGAGGAGAUUACUAAAACAGAAAACCAGUGUAAGGAGCUACGGAAGAGGCUACAAGAGGAGGACAAUAAGAGUAAAGACCUCAGACUGGAAGUGGAGAAGCUCCAAAAAAGAAUCAUGGCAUUGGAAAAACUCGAGGGAGCAUUUAGCGUUAGCAAAGCCGAGUGUGCACAGUUACACGGUGCUCUAGAAAAAGAGAAGGGCCUGACCAAAGAGCUUUCAGACGAAGUUGUGGCUCUCAAGAUUCGUAUGAAAGAGCUCGAGUCAUCUGAGAUAAAGCUGGAAAAGUCUGAGCUGAGCCUUAAGGAUGACCUCAGUAAGCUUAAAUCACUGACCGUCGCAUUGAUGGAAGAACGAAAGACCCUGAUGGAAACAGUGAAGUCAUGUGAGGAGAAAAAGGACGAUUUAAGCAACCUGGUCAAAGCUGAGCAGAAUAAAGUUAUGGAAGUGACAGAGAAGCUGAUAGAAGAAAGCAAAAAGCUCCUAAAAUUGAAAUCAGAGAUGGAAACCAAAAUAGAGACUUUAACGAAUGAAAAGGGCGAGCUUAACACUAAGCUAGCUUAUGAAAUUGAUAAAACUAAGGACCUUAGCUCUAAAGUCAACCAAAUGAAAAAGAAGUUAGAUGGAUUUGAGCAAGCAGAAAAACUUUCUGGAAAGAAUUCAGUGAAAUGUGACAUGCAGAGAACAUCUGAGCCCAUCAUCAGAGACGACAACAAAGUUAAGGAGCUGACGUUUGAAAUUGAGCGCCUGAAAAACCGUCUCAAACAGCUCGAAGUGGUAGAGGGAGAUCUUCUCAAGACAGAGGAUCAGUACGACAUGUUGGAGAAAAAGUUCAUGAGUGAACAGGACAAAGCCAACAUUCUGUCCCAGCAGGUGGAGGAAAUGCGGACUCAGAUAGCACGGAAUAAAGCGAUCGAGAAAGGAGAGGAGGAAAGCCAGGAGGAAGAUCUGCGUCAACGUUGCAAGAGAGAGGAGGCCAGAACCAGGGAACUGCAAGGCGACGUGGUAGCGCUCAAGGAGAAGAUCCACGAACUCAUGCACAAAGAAGACCAGCUUUCUCAGCUCCAAGUGGACUUCUCCGUCCUGCAGCAGAGGUUCUUGGAAGAAGAAGAGAAAGCCAAGAACAUGAGCACUGAAGUUUUCCAUCUCACCAAAGAACUGGAGAUGGCUAAGCGUCAAAGUCGAGCGCUGCGACCCAGCUUGAAUGGGAGAAGAAUAGUGGACGUGGCGGUGACCUCCACUGGCGUGCAGACAGAAGCGUCGUCCUCCGAGCCAGCAGAGGAGGAUACCCCGGCUGGCUUUAUAAGAAAGUCUGUUCAAGAAGAGAACCACAUUAUGAACAACUUAAGACAGAAGUGCCUGAAGAAGCCAGCAGAGAAAGGCAGUGCUGUUGAGCGUUCACCUUCAUCUGGCAGUGAUUUAGGUAUCAAGAGAUCUUGGAUUCCCUGGAUGAGAAAAAAGGACAACAGCCCUCAAGAGACCCACCUGGAGAAGCCACUGCACAAUGGAGAGAGCUUCUCCUCUGAGCUGACCAUGCCCCAGAAGCCAGGUCAGCCUUUCCACAUCCGAGUGACACCAGAUCACCAAAACAACAUGGCAACUCUUGAAAUCAGAAGCCCGACUGCUGGGGACGUUUUCUCUAGUUCCGCUCCCCUCAGCCCCAAUCCAUCUCAACCCAAAUCCAGAAUCACCAUCAUUCCCACCGGCACUGCUCCGACCCAGCGGAGAAAGUCCCCCACUGUGUCUCAGGGCCCCGAAAGGGCCAAGUCUCCAGUCACUAUCACAGCUAUAUCUAGAGCCAAGUCUCCAGAAACCAGCCGAACCUCCUCCACUAACUCAGGAAGACCCUUGUCCCCUGUCUCCAUCAUGACAGUGAGCACAGCUGUAGCGUGCGAAACAUCUGCCUCCCCAGAACCUCAGGAGAUGACCAUGGGCCGAGCCGUGUUCAAGGUUACCCCCGAGAAGCAGAUGGUCCCAUCGCCUGUACGAAAGGGUCACGGCAACACGAGUAUCAUCACCACGACUGACGAUAGCAAGAUCCACAUUCAUCUAGGCAACAACAUCGCCCCAAAGAUGGUCGUCAGGCCGGUGGCUGCUGUCACAGAGAGCAAGGAAAUGACCUUAUCGACUGGGACAGUUUUGCGCUCGCCUCGUCAAAUCACCACCACUACUACCAGGAGCACGCAGAGCAAAGUGAUGAGCAGCAUUACAAUUUCUCCUGUUACGUCCUCCUCUUCCAGAACGACACAAGGCAUGACCGGGCAGGAUGCCCAGCCACCGCGCUCAGGGCUGACCCGCAUCCCAAUGUCCAAGAGCCUGAAAACGGGAAAGGCUGCGCUGGGAUCCCUGGGGGUCUCCGGUGGAGUGAAACUGGAGUCGCGGGCUGAGAGUCAGUCUAUGAGGAUAGAAGUUAAGAAAUCCAGCGUGAAUAGCAGUACUUUACAGAAUGGAGGAAAAGCCUGAGAGACACAGUACCAAACGUAUCUACAUGGUGCUUCAGAGAGAUUCAUAGUAAAAGCUGUGGUGUUUGAGUACAACUCAACUAUAGUUUACAAGGCAUUUCUUUAUUAUUAUUAUUAAGCAGGAGACUGAUUUUAUACUUUUUAUAAGGUAUUUUCUACUUCUUUACUUCUUAUUUGCAUUUCUGCCAUUUAGACUGAAACAUCCAUGAUUUGUUUUGUUGUUUUUUACAGUGUGUUGUGAUGGGCAUUUGGGUAAGACUCUGCUGCUAUCAAUGGCUUCUUUCUUGGGGUGGAUAUUUAAUCUAUAAUGAGUUUAUUUGUUUUAUAUUAGACACAAA